AUGGUUGUGGAAACGAUUGGUUUCCAUGCCAUAUUCGCUGGUGUCCUCGGACCAAUGCCGACAGAGCAACCGGAGGAGGAGCCACCCGCAGAGAAGAUGACAGAGAGACUUGUCGAGUGGGAACCGGCUGUACGCAGGAUCUCCGACCUAAUAGCUGUGACUAAUGACCAGAACUCACGGAUUUACGAGAAGGUGGUGACCGAUCUGUCCGAGUGCUUUGCGAAAACACUUGGCACAGCGCAAAAGCCACGACAUGCCUUUGAUGGAAAGAUGGAAAUUAUAAUUGCGUGGGUUUAUCGCAUGGAGGACGAGUUUGUGGAAUGUCUCAAGGAGAAGAAAAACGUCGCGCUUCUGAUAUUGGCGCAUUUCGUUGUUCUCCUCAAGACACUGGAGUGGCUAUGGUACAUGGAUGGCUGGGCCAGUCACAUUCUUCAUGGGGUCGCUUUGUACUUGGGUCCAGAGUUUGCAGACUUUCUGCGGUGGCCGAGGGAGGAAAUAGAGAGGUUGAAUGAGGAAAAGAGACUGAGAGCAUCGGCAUAA